AUGGCUAAGUCCCCUACGACUGCAACGAAGUGGAGUCCACCACUGGGCGAGGGGUAUAAAACCAACUAUGAUGGAGCAGUUUUUGAAGAGGCGGGAAAGGCAGGGAUAGGUGUGGUGGUGCGAAACGGAAAUGGCGAAGUACUUGCUGCACUUUCAGAAAAAAUACCUUACCCCGAUACAGUGGAGUUGGUGGAAAUCCUAGCUGCAAGAAGGGCUGUCCAGUUCAUUGUGGAAUUGGGCAUGGCACAAUCAAUAUUUGAAGGAGACUCAGAGAUUGUUUACAAGGCAUUGAAGUCAGGUGAUGUGGGUCACUCCUCAAUUGGUCAGUAUGUGAAAGACAUAAUGUCUAUUUCCGAUUCGAUUCGAACUUUCUCUUUCUCUCAUAUUAGGAGGCAGGGUAAUUGUGUGGCUCAUGCCUUAGCAAAGAGAGCAAGAUUUGCAUUUCCAUUGUUAGUCUGGAUGGAGCAUGUUCCACCAGAUGUGAUUCCUUUUGUACUUUCAGAUUUAUAG